UGGAAGCUUGAAUUGGAAUAAAAAAGACAGGAAAAUUCUCAGAAAAGCUAUCGUAAGUUAAUAUAAAAUAUUUGUUUCGUGGUAACGUGUUCUAAGUGGAAGUAAUAAUUUUAAAAUCCUGUAGGUAAUUAUAAAACAUGUCGACCUUUCCCGGAAUAAGAACCUUCGUUAAAAACGUAAGGGACAUUGCAUCAAACAUUGUUUCCGAAGUGAGUAAUUCCAACACCGAUCUAGUAAUGUCAGACUAUCAUAAUGAGGUGACAAGAAAUCAAGUGAUUGCCAAAAUAGUUUCAACUGUGAUCGGCGUGGCUGCAUCUUUCACUCUGACUUACUUUGGAAUCAAAUGGCUGACUGAUGCAAUGGACCCAACGAAAAAAGAAAAGAAAGUUGCACAAGCUGAGGUAGUAUUAAUAAAUUAAAUAAGUACAUACUUAGGAAAUAUUUUUAGAGCUAUUCUAUAAAUUUCAAAUGAUUUUAUGUUAUCGGUAUUAUUCAUUCAAACCAUCAUCGAGCCAACAGCUAGCCCCGGGCUAGGCUGGUAAAAAGUCAAUCUUUGGACUUUCGAAUGUUCAUAAAAACUGUUAACUUAACUGAAGUAAAGGCAAAGGGCUCAAGUUUAUUAAUUUUAAGCCAUAAGGCAACUGAAUUCACUUAUUUGUUAUGUAGGCAGGACAUUAUCAUAUGACUUAAACUAAAACAUUUAUUAUCUAGACUUAAGAGGCCUCAAUACAAAUUUAAUACAAAUUAAAUUAGUUACCAAUUACAGAGUUAGGCUAGGACUAGGAAGACUGACAGUGGUAAUCUUAAGUCUAGGCUCAGGUUUGGGGUUCAAGUUUGACAAGUGUUGUUUCACCCUAAGUGCUGUUACUGUGACAUCACCAAAAGGGGAAUCCCAACACUUGACUUUGGAUAAAUAGAACAAUGGUUGGAACUGAACAAUGUCAAUGCGCAUGAAGUGUGAUAACUUUACCAAUUGCUUCAUGGAAUAAAUCUGACAAUCAAUUAAAUUUCUAUGAAAAUUAUUAAAAUGAAUAAAUGCCAAUAGUAAAAACUAGGCUAAUAAUUUAGGAAACGUUUUUGUUUAAUUUAAAGAAAAAAAAGUAAUAUUAUAAAUUUAUGGAUAUGUUAUUUCAGCGAAUGUAUAAUAAUGUAAAGAAGUGCAAUUUGAGAAAUAAAUGCAAUUUGAGACCCAAGUGCUUUUUCACUUGUGUCUUUCUUAGUAAUGGAGCCUUACGACCCACCUUUUUAAAUUGGGUAAUCUAUAAAAUUGAUAGAUUAAACAAAUGAGGAUGCUUGUCAGAAAUGCCUCAUGUGCCUCAUGUUGAUGUGCAUUGAAGGUAUUCCUUUAUAACUCAUUGGUGAACUCAAAAGAUUUAUAGAAAUUAGAAUGUACCAGAUAAUUAAACAAAAUCGCUUAGAACUGAAAAAAAAGAAGGUAAUUAGUUAUUCCCCUUCUGGCUACAGAUAUUUGCAGUUUAGGUAUUGAGUAUCGAAGUACCUAUAAAAACAAAUAUAUUCAACAAUAUGAUUUUCUUUAAAUGAGAUAAGAGCGGAAGGGGCAAUCCUUAUAUGACAUCAGGCCAAGGGGGGGGGGGGUCAUGAAUUUGUGAAAAUAUGUGAUUAAAGAGUCUAAUUUGUGCUACUAAUUUGUGAUGACGAUGAGCUCAAAUUAUUGGUAUGUAAAAAAAUAUGUUUUAAUAUAUCCGAAUCCACUUUUAAACAAGAUUUUUAUAUGUUUUAAUUUAAGCUUAAAAUUAUAUUAAUUCCCCUAAAUUAUUACUCCUUAAAGAUAAAUACAAUUCUGUGCAAAAAGGAAAUCUUGAAUUAUGAACUUUUUAUAGUUGUAAUAGUAAAUGAUAACAACUUUCUUAAAUGUAAUUUCUAAACAAUAAGUUUUAUUAUGUUUAAACUGACAUUUUUUUAUAUUUACACAUGCAAGCUGCAAUUUUUAAAUCAUCUUUUUUUAGGCACAAAAGAUGUUAACCAAACUAGGAGUCCAGAAUGUAGGAAAGGUAAAUAUACAUAGUGUUGUAUAUUUAAUUUUAAUAAAUAAUUUUGAUGUGUUUAUUUAAACGGGCUUAGAAAGCAAAUAUCAGAACAAUGAUCCUCAUUAUGUUUGAAGAUCAAACUAAUUCAAUGUAGACUUAACUUUUACUGAUUCCUUUUGAUUCAGUUAUUAAAAUAACUUUUAAAUGUAAAAUUAUUUUUCUUUUCAUGGUUUUUAGCUAACAGAUUAUGAAUUAUGUGUUGCUGCUAACUUGUUGGAUCCUAGUUCCAUGGAAAUUGCUUGGGAAAAUAUUGGGGGACUGCAGAGUACAAUAGAAGAAAUUCAAGAGACUGUUAUACUUCCAUUCAAAAGGGCAGAUCUCUUUAGAAAUUCAAGUCUUCUACAACCACCUAAAGGUACAGUAUUAAUAUUUCAAUUAACAUUUUUAGAUGACAAUAUGCACAAAUUUUAUUUUAAUGUUGUCAUUAGAGACCGACUGAAAGUGAUUUUAUGAUUUCGACUGAAACUAGGCUGAAAGUUUAAAGUGAAUUUCGUCCAAAGCCGAAACCAAAAGCUUAACGAGACUUUUGGCCGAAAAACGGAAGUUGAAGACCAAAUUGAAAUGUUUAGAUAUUUUUUAAUUCGUUCACAUUCUGCACGCAUUGAAAAUAAUGGGGGAAAGUAUCAAUAUUGACAUUCUUUUUAUAAGAAAUGAGAUCAUCGUGAAUAGUAAUAAAUAAACGUUUAAUACUUUGGCUUUUACCAUUUUAAUUUAAAAUUAAAAGUAAUUUAAAUUUCUUUUAUACAUUUUUUAAAGUAGUAUGGUAGGAGAAAACUUGGAGGGGGGGUUGUGAGGGCAAAACUCAUGCAAAAUAGUCCCUUGAGUGCCCUUUGCUUUUAUAAUAUAAUCACAACCUAGAAUAUAUACCUACAAAAUAGAGCCAAUUGUCACCUAAAUAUCAGUUAUUAAGGCUAUUUAUAUCACAGAAAAGUUUUGCGGUUAUUGUCACACGAAGGCUUUGUGUGUUUUCAUAAAUAUUGCAAGAGAUCACUAUUCAUAUUGAGCCUAGUAACAACACACUAGUCUUUCCAUGCUGGUGACGUAAUUAUUUCAUUCGGCGACGAACCUCCCUCACCCCCAUUGGUGGGGAUAUUAUUUUUUUUAACCAGAUCUCUUAAAAUUGUUAUUCUGACGAGUCUCUAGGAGAAUCGCAAAAGAAUCUAAAUUGGUUGCCAAAAUCAUAAACGUGAACAAGUCUGCAGUAGACCUACUACAUUGUUAAAUAUGAUGCAUGCACAUGCAUGUUAUUUCAUCAGAAAAACAAUGUUUAUGAGUACGAUACGGAUGAAUAUCUAGAAAUGAAUGGUUUGAAAAAGCUGAAGUUUCCUUAAUGUUUUAUUUAAAAGAAAAAAUAAUAAAAAAAAAAAAAAUAAAGGAAUAAUUACCAUUCCCUGGGAUUAUGCAAUAUUAUUCACCUUUGCCUAUGACAACAUUGAUGAAUAUGAUAAUGAUAAAUCAAAAUGAAUAUCAAAAAUAAAAGAAUUGAAUAAACCUAGGGUUCCAAAUUUUAUUUUUGAAAAAAAUUAAAACUUAAAGAAUGAGAUAAACAUUACCAUUCCAUUAGUUUUUCUUCCACAAAACUGUUUACAUUUGCUUAGGCCAAAUUGAAAUGUAACUUUUUUUUGAAAUAUGGGAGAAGUAGGUCAUCAUGCAGCUGUGGGCAGUUUUCGCUGAGUAUUAAUCAUAUAAAAUACGACGACGGCAAGACUUCAAUCACUUUCGUCUGAAAUACAAAUUAAAUUGAAAUUUAACUUUGUUUCGGCUGAAACGGAAAAUAGGCUGAAAGUGAUCAAAAGGCAACUUUCGAAGCUGAAGCAAAAAUUUGUUCUUUCUCUAGUUGUCAUAAAUGAACAUUUAGUGUUAAUUUCUUAAAUAUAAAUAUUUUUUUACUUAUGUUGAAAACCUGUGCAUAAAGUAAAAAAAAAAAGGAUUUUGGGUUGUUAAACCUGAUUGACACUUAUUAGUUUAGGUUAUGAACUAAAUUGUUAUACUACUGAAUACAUUCCAACAUUUUUUUGUUAAAAUGCUUUUCAUUAAAUGAUAAGAAUUUCUUUUGACACUCAUAAAUAUCUAUGAUUAAAUAAGAAUACAUAUUUUUUUAGACCUUCAUUAUCUUUCAAUUAUUUAUGGGUUAGUUGAAACAAGCUUGCUAGUGUCUCUGACAGUUUUUAACAUGAGAUUCAUAACUAAAUAUAAAAUCCUAUGUAAAAAAACUAUGCGAAGAUGAUUGUGAUUGAUAUGGAUAGAGUUGAAAGUGGAUCAGAUAGUUUGAUUUAAAAACAAAACAUAAAAGAACAAGAAAUGAAGAGAGGAAAAGGCCUGCAGUGAGUUAAUGGAAAUUUGUGCCAAAUGUUUGUUUGAAAACCCAUUUUUAAAUCUACUUACUGUUACUCUUUUACUGCAUAUUUCAUGUUAUGAACCUAAUGAUUUAUUUUAAUAAUUUUUUUUAAAAAGGGAUCUUGUUGUAUGGUCCACCAGGAUGUGGUAAAACAAUGAUUGCUAAAGCCACAGCUAAAGCAGCUGGUAAUUUAUCUCAAUUUCAAAUGCUAUUUUAAAAAUUUUUUGUUUCCUUUAAAAUUUGAAAUCCUGAAACAAGUGCUUUCCUAAAAAAAAAAUACACUUUAUAAAACCUAGUGAUUAAACAAAUUUGAUAUUAUUCUUUUAGAAAGUUAAAUACAUUAUACACUAUUUCCCCAAAUUCAUAAAAAGGAUUUAUAAAAAUAGGCUAUAUAUUUUGAAUCAGGUGCCCGCUUUAUCAAUCUACAAGUAUCCACUCUUGUAGACAAGUGGUAUGGAGAGUCACAAAAAAGAGCAGAGGCUGUGUUCUCUCUGGUAAGUUGUAUUUUAGAACUUCUACUUUCGCCCUCUUGCUUCAGAAAUGAUUUAAAAAAAAAAAAAUCUUACGACUUAAAAUUAUGAAGACAUGAACGGAUCAUGAGACAAAAUGUACAGUGUCUGCCAAUCUAUUGACGCCAUAGAAUUGCAACUUUGCCAAAUUUUCAAGGUUAAGUGGGAUUCAAUUUUGAAAUUUUUGUUUACUGCUUCCUGACACAGAAUUACUAAUAUUCUUAAAUUAAAGACAACACAAUCAUGAAGGGCGUGACUGAGAAGAAAAAAAACAACAGAUCUUCUGCAGCUAAAUGCCUGUGUUCUAUUCACAAUAUUAUUAAUUCAUCCAAGUAUUGCUGUUUGAUAUCAAGGAGUUUGAUUCAAUUCAUUUAAAAACAAAUUUGAACUUUUUACAUUUUCCAUGACACUGAUAUUUGUGUGCAUUUCGACCAGAAUAUUCUUUUUAAAAAAUUUCACUGAUCAUCAUACUUUAUAAAGAUUAAAAAAUUAUGUUUUCUUAAGGAUAAACCUUAAACAGACAAACUAAACAAUUACCACCACCCCCUUCAACCCCCCCCUCCCCCCCAAUCAAAAUUGACCAUUAAUUUUAUUGAUUGGAGUCUACAAAAAGCUGAUGACAGCAGUGUUGUUGUUACAAAGUGGUUAAGCAGUUUACCCAUAAUAGAAGAAUUUUCAUAUGCCUGUAAAUUGAUAUGAUGUAUUUAAAAAUUCUUAUGACUGCUUUAAAUUGCCCCAACCCUUUCUUUACUUGUUCUGUUCAUUUUUAGGCAGUGAAGCUGCAGCCCACCAUUAUUUUCAUAGAUGAAAUAGGUGAGUUCUUUCAUAUUUCUGUACAGAUAACCAUUUUCAUAUUCAAUUAUCGUGUUGUGUGUUGUAAUGUUCUGAAACAAAAUACAGUUUUGAAUAAUAUAGAGUUUUAUUAACCCAUUCCCGACGGCAGUGCUACUUCCGUACAUAAAAUCUCUUUCAAUAAUUUAUAGUCCAGCUCAAAGGGAAGUAACUCCCUUGUGUACUUGAUUUACUUUUGUAAAAUAUUUGUUAAGCUGAUAAAUAUAAAUUAAUAUUAAUGAAUAUAAGGAUAAAUGCUUCCAGAAAUGGCUAAUUUUUAUUAAGAAUGUAACAUUAACAGCAAACAAAUAACGAGCGAUAACCAAAAAAAAAAUCAGUUUUUGGCACUUUGGAUGAAUCUGUGCUAGUUUUAUAUGCAUCAUAUAAAACAUAAAACACUUUAAAAAAAUUUAAAAUCAUGUAGAAUCAUGCCAUUACAUGAAGUCUUGAGGGCAGCGACAUUGUGUUUCUAUUGUAAAAUUAAGAAUAAAAGAGCUGCGUCGCUACGUGCUGUGAUGUAUUUGGAUGCAAUCUCUCGGAACCCCCCAAAGACUCAUUUAGUCACAAAUGUAGGGAAUGAGUUAAGAAAGAAAUGCGAACUGAACUAAAAGUGUAAAACUUCCUGAUGAUUCUUUACAAUAUUGUUUGGAGUGUUAAAGAUUUAAACUUGUUACAUUUAAGAAAUGAUCUUGAAACCUAAUUUUAUCAUUUCUACAGAUUCUUUCCUACGUUCAAGAUCAUCAACAGAUCACGAAGCUACAGCAAUGAUGAAGACCCAGUUCAUGAGUCUAUGGGAUGGUUUAACUACUGACCCUAGUCUAAGAGUCAUGGUGAUGGGCGCCACCAAUCGACCACAGGAUGUGGAUGCUGCCAUCUUACGGCGAAUGCCAAGUCAAUUUUAUGUAGGAAUACCUGUAAGUAAGAUGUCAGCUGAACAGUAUUUUUGCAACUACUUUUUAGUCUAAUAUAUGCUAUGUAGUUGAUGUAAUAAUUUCUGGUUACCGAAAAUUUGAUCGAAAGAAAUUUUGUCGACGGUAAACUGAUCGACGGGAAUUUGAUGGAACGGAAAUUUGGUUGAAUCUUUUUUUCAGUUUAUACGUUAAAAUUUUCGUCAAAUUUCUUUUUGAACGCACUAUACUAUAUAGGAAAACAAAAUAAUCCGUUCAAAAAGAAAUUUAAAGCAAAAUUUUAACAUUAAAGCUGAAAAAAAAUUCAACAAAAUUUCCGUUCGAUCAAAUUACCGUCUAUCAAUUUACCGGCGACGAAAUUUAUUUCAAUCAAAUUUUCGGAUACAAUAGUUUCUUAUGUCUUAUUUAGUAUUAACUCAUUUAGCCUUUAAAAUGAAUUAUUAAUUUAAAAUGGGUCACUGAAAUUUGGUUUUUACAAAAAGUCAAAUCAAUCAAUUUGAUAGAAUACCAAUUAAUCUGCCUUGCUACACCAAACUAUGUUGAUAAGUCAGUCAUUAAUUAUCUAUGUAAGAUUUUAUGUAUGGUGCUUUUAAAAUAUACAAUUUAAAAUUAAUUAAAGGUACAUUUUAAAAAAUAUAUUAUAAUAUUUAUCUUUAAACUUAAAAUUAAAUAGAAAAGCAAUAAGUAAUAAGUUUAGAAAUACAAGAGCCAUUAGAACUUCAAUUUUUAUAAUUGUAGAAGUAGUCUAUCAACAAUUUAAGUGAAUUGUGAUGUACAGGAAAAAAAGUUUAUGUUUUUCUUUGUUGCAGUAUCUUUUGAAGUUUUAUUGUAAAAAGACUGUCUGUAAACUUACUUGUAAUUCGUUUAUGUACAGGACAAAGAACAAAGACAAGCCAUUUUAAGGCUUAUUUUGGAAGAGGAAGAGGUAACAGAAAGCUGUUUUAUAAUAAAAAUGGAACUUCUUAUUUGAUAUAUCUGCUUGAAAAUUAAAGAAAUUCCAAAACUAAACUCAUUUUGAAAAUAUGACUUUAAAAAAAGAAAGAUCAGUCAUUUAAAAGAUAUUGUUCUUUUAUCAGUCAUCUGUUUAUGAAGCAUGCAAUACAUUUUUUUUUUAACAAUUAUUUUUGUGCUGGUAAUUCAAUAGUAAAAAUAAUAAGUGUGAGAUAAAACAAAUCUUUCUAGAACUGUUAGAAAGUAAAGGCAUUCAUACUUGUUUAGAUUUUCUUUUGAAUGCAAAAUUAUGUUUUAACUACAAACUUCUUUAUGCCCUAAAAAAAAACAAUUAUCAACAAUUUACUUUUAUUAUAUGUUUAAUAUUUUAGACGGAAGAGUUAAAUUACGGUCAUCUGAGUGAGUUGUCUGAAGGUUUGUCAGGAAGUGACCUCCGUGAAGCUUGUAGAGCAGCUGCUGUCUCUGUAGUCCACGAGUAUGUACAGUUGUCAGCUAGGUAAGUAUCAUCUUUAGUUGUUCCCCUUUUAAAUUUCACAAGAAAUAAAUGUUCGCAAUUAAAUAGCGUACAGAUUUAUGAUAAAAAUGUUUAUAAAUUAAGAACAGCUUAGAGUGAUCUUAUUCCUCCAAGCUAAAUUUAUUAUAUCUGUUUGAAAAUACAUUGUGCUUCUGUUACCAACUUGCAGAGAAUCAGAAGGAGAUGCCUCAAGUGUACUUCGUCAAAUCAGUAUGGCAGAUCUCCAAACAGCUAUUCACAAAGUAAAAAUGACCAAAUCCUUGACUGGUAGAAUACUUCUAUCUCCACCACCACCAUUAGAUUAAGUCUGCUCGAUAGGUAAAUGUAAAUAUUAAUUUGAAAGCAUUCAGUAAAAGAAACAUCAAGGGUGAGAUCAUCACAUAAUGUCAUAGACUGUGUUAGAUCUUUAACUUGAUUUACGUUUUGUUCUUUGCCAGCAAAUAAAAAAUAACUAUUCCAUCCAUGUUUCCAAAAGUUGUUUUGAUUCAUAAAUUACUAUUAUCUUUUGCUUCAAGGCUUUGUUAUUAUCCAAAGCCAAUUAUUUUUUGCUUCAAGGCUUUGUUAUUAUCCGACGCCUUGAAUUAUGCACUGACUGUUUCGUUAAAAACGAUUGGAGAACUUGCUAUUGUGACUUCUCCUGACCCCCUACAAAUUCUUUGAGUUUUCUCCCACUCCCUACAGCUUGUUUUACUAAGUCUCACACCUCCUACAAAAGCUACAGGGAACUUUAAAAUUUAGGGGAAUUCUAAUUUUGUUAUUGAAAUAGCAAAGAGUGUUGUGGAGCUUAAGUAAAUAAAUCUUUGACUUAUCACAUAACAGAAAAUGUUAUUGAUGAACUAUUUAAAAAUGAAAUGUAUAUUUAUAAUUUAAAGGCUAAUGUCUACACUUUUCUUAUAAUCUCCUUUCCUCACACUUCUUGGAAUGCCUGCUCACACCCCAGGUGGGGAAACACUGACUUAAACUUAAACUGUUUGCAAAAAUAACUGUCUUAAAUAUUUUUAAUGGACAUUUUCUUUUGCUGCUGUUUAUUGUAAAAAAUAAAUUUUGAGCAAACGUUCAUUAAUUUAAGUUAGAUAUUGCUAAAUAUUUUCAAAAUUAGCUUAAUAAAAUCCAAAGUUUUAGUCAUUUCAGACAAACAUAAUUUGUUGUAAGAAAUGGCAUUGUGGACUUUGGGGCUUGUAAGCUCUUAGCAUGUAGAAAAGAAUUUCUUACUUAUUCCAUCAAUACAUUUAAUAAUAAAGUGUUAAAAAAAUAGGACAUUGAUUGACUGACUCUUUAAUUUUAUUUUAAUCCCAUUAUUUUAUUGUUACAUGUUUAUGUUAGCACCAAUUUUAUUUGUAAGUUUUAGGUUUAAAAAUUUCAACUUAAUUUGUUUGGGAAACUUUCUCAACCUCUACAGAUUAGGUUUUGAAUUUUUGGCUUUGACAUCAUUAUGACCUUGACUAGUUGCAGGUUUCUUAAAAAAUGACAGAAGUCUCUUGCUUUUUUCAUUUUCAUGAAACAAAGUCUUUCCCUUGAAUUUGCUUAGGCUAGAGCACAUUUAAUAUUAAGACUAUAAUAUGCCUUUGUCAUGUUUAGAUUUUAUAGAGACUUGAGCCCCAUUCAGACAAAAAUUUAUGAAAUAGCUUAAGGCCAUAAAGAAAUAUUCAGAAAAAAUGUAUGAUGUGGCUUCAGAAACACUCAGGAUAUAAUCUUAUUUGCUGUCACAGAAUGAUAUGCAUGUAAAGUCAUAGUGAAAGGAUUAUUUAUCAGACUUAUGUUUGGUGAUUAAUAUGAACAAAGUGAUUACAUGGACCCAGAGAUUUGAUUAAAAUUUUUGUUGCAUUUUUUUUUUCCAUUGGUAGGCUGGUGUAUUAGCAGUGCAUUGGCCCUCAACCUUGAAUUAAUGGGCUAUGGAAAUUUCUGUGAUAUCUGUUUCAUUAGUGUUGUUUAAAUUUUGUGUUUAAAAAAAUCACAUUUUGGGCUGGGGAUAUAAUCUUGCUUAUAUGAGACUAAGAAAUUCUAUAGAGGAUAUGUGAAGAUUUUCAUUCUUUGACAACACAGGUGUUGAGUGUCUAUGUUUAAGUGUAAGGAGAGGAUCUGCCAGAUUUCUUAUUGUUACCUAUAUUGAAGGUGGGGGAAAGAUGGUUGUACUUGUACCCUAAUGGUAUUUUGCAAGUAUCGGGUUGGUGCCAUAUUUAGGUUAUAAUUGCCGUCAUUGUUUUAUUGUUGAAAAGGUGUUGGUCAUUUCCAGAUUUGGGGAAACAUUACACAUUCUACUCUAAGCAGCUUAUGUUGGCCUAUCAAAAUGUGUCUCUUAAAUGUCCAGCAUAGUAUGUUAAGUGGAUGUGUAAUGGGACUUGUGUUGUGGCCCGUGUGUUAUGGGAUAUAAAUCAGAUAUAAAACCUUUCUAAAUUGGAGAAUAUGCUAUGACAAGAGGGAAAACAACCUGUGAGUGACAUACGUUUGGCGUAGUUUUCACCAGUCUGGAAGGUAUAAUUUGAUGUUUAUUGUUCUGUACAGCUGAGUUGUAGUUCUAUAGUUUCUAUAGUUUGAAUGUUGUGAUCUUUGGAGAAACUCUCUUGUCCAGUGCUUUGUGCUUGGUUGUACAGAAUGGGUGAUUUGUGCUUGGUUGUACAGAAUGGGUGAUUUGUGCUUGGUUGUACAGAAUGGGUGAUUUGUGCUUGGUUGUACAGAAUGGGUGAUUUGUG